CGACGAUGAAAGAAAGAAUGAACGCACCAAUGAACCGAAAGGUAUACCUAACCUCAUCGUGCGUCGCGAGAGUCCGUGAAUUGCAGAAACUCGAGUGAAGUGAUGACAGUCUGAAUUGGAGGUUAUCUGCAGCGAAAUAUCCGGACGUCAUCAGAGCGCAAAAGCAGAUCUUCAUCACGUCUGAAGAAAAGCGAGAAGGCCAGAAGGACGGAGGAGAAAUGGGCGUGCCAAGCGGCAGGAACGUCGAAGCGAUGGAAGUGGACAUUGCAAACGCGUCGGACGCGCAGAGCGGUGACGGCGACGGCGCGGGCGAGCGUAAAGACACCGACAUGCAGACGAUCCAUGACAUCCGCGAGCAUACCCGGCAAAUCGAGAAAGCCGUGCAGAACAAGGAGCCGCGCUUCGUGCUACGCGCCUUGCGCACCCUGCCUAACACCCGCCGUCGGCUGAACCCGCUCGUCCUGCGCGGGCUCGUCACCGGAUUCUACACCAAGUCCACUGCAGAGCGCGACACCCUGCUCGCGUGGGUGGACGAGCCGAUGGAUGUCGACGCGGAGGCGCAGUCAACCCAAAGACUUCGUCCCUUCUCGUCCACCCUGCUGCCGGAGAUCGACGCGUACGUACAUCUUCUGGUGCUGAUCCGCCUGAUUGACACGAGAAAGUACAACGAGGCCGUGCAGUGCUCCGAACUGUUGGUUCAGAAGAUAGCCACACAGAACCGCAGGACCAUAGAUCUUAUCGCUGCCAAGUGCUACUUCUAUCACUCGCGCGCCUACGAGCUGACCAAUCAACUGGACAAGAUCCGCGGCUUCCUGCACUUGCGUUUGCGCACCGCGACGCUGCGCAACGACUUCGAGGGCCAGGCGGUCCUCAUCAACUGCCUGUUGCGCAAUUACCUGCACUACAGCCUUUACGAUCAAGCUGACAAGCUGGUGCUGAAGUCCACUUUCCCAGAGUCGGCCAGCAACAAUGAGUGGGCGCGCUUCCUCUACUACCUGGGCAGGAUAAAGGCAGCCCGACUGGAGUACUCAGCAGCUCAUAAGUACCUAGUGCAGGCGAUGCGCAAGGCUCCGCAGACCACAGCGGUGGGCUUCAGACAAACGGUGCAGAAGCUGGCCGUCGCUGUGGAGCUACUGCUCGGCGACAUUCCGGAGAGGCAAAUCUUCCGACAGGCUGCACUACGCCGCGCCCUGGCGCCGUACUUCCAGCUGACGCAGGCGGUGCGGCUGGGCAAUCUGCAGCGCUUCGGCGAGGUCCUAGAGAACUUCGGGCCGCAGUUCCGCGCGGAUCACACGUUCACGCUGAUCCUGCGCCUGCGACACAACGUCAUCAAGACAGCGAUUCGCUCGAUCGGGCUGUCGUAUUCGCGGAUCUCGCCGGCCGAUAUCGCCCGCAAACUCGGUUUGGACUCCUGCGUUGACGCGGAGUUCAUCGUGGCGAAGGCGAUACGCGACGGCGUAAUCGAGGCCACUCUCGAUCCGGAGAACGGCUACAUGCGCAGUAAGGAGACCACGGAUAUAUAUUGUACCAAGGAGCCGUUGCUGGCGUUUCAUCAGAGGAUCACCUUCUGCUUGGAUUUACACAAUCAGAGCGUCAAGGCGAUGCGCUACCCGCCCAAAUCUUACGGCAAGGAUCUUGAAUCUGCGGAGGAGCGCAGGGAGAGGGAGCAACAGGACCUCGAGUUGGCCAAAGAGAUGGCUGAGGAGGACGACGAUGGUUUCCCCUGAAGAGAUUUGCGCCUCGUGGAACCUGGAGGCCACAGCUCGUCCCGAGCUGUUCCAAGAUACUAUUUGCUAAUAUACGGGACUUGCGCGAGCUCCUUGCGAGCUUGAACCAUUUGAUACAGAACAGGACAGUCCAAGGAUGCGCAUUCUAUGUCACCUAAUCGUCCGAUGCAAGAAUGGCAGAUCUGCGAAAAAAAUGCGUUACGUUCACUCGCUCAUUAACGAGAGUGAACUUGAUAGUUCGCAAUUUACAGCUUAAAGAUGCUUAUUGAUAUUUUUUUCUUUAGUAUGCUUACAUUAGCGAUUUGUUGAUGAGUUCUUUCCAGUUUGCAUAUCUUUUCGAGAAGCACAACUAUAGUCCGGCUUGGCUGCGAAACGCAUUCUGUGCAGACUUCUUUGUUCGUCAGCUCUCCGCAAGUAACGCACGCGACGGAGUGGAAAAACUGACGAAUAGUGGAUUUCGGAUUGUCUCUUCCUAAGUAUGCGAUAUUGUCGAAACUUUGGCGGUGACACAUUUCUUUAUACCUGUAAAUUACACGAUAUUGUAAGUUAUUUUUCCUUAAUCGCUCGAAUAAAUUGUAUAAAGAAU